AUGGACCUGCAAGGAAAAUUGUCAAAGCGACCAUUCGGAACAAUUCCAUCACGUAAAAAUCCAAUAGCACAGGUGUUCUUACAAACAGUCCAAGGUGAAAGAGUUGGCUGUUACAAAGAGAACAAGAGAAACAGAAACUUCCGUGUGUCCCCUGGUGGUUACAGCCCUAGCAGUGUCACCCCUAAUGGUUGUGCUCUGGCAUGCUCUAACUUCGGCUAUGAAUACUUGGCCAUAGCCCAGGGGAAGUAUUGCUUCUGUGCCCAUGUGCUGGAGCUGACAAUAAAUAAUGAUACACUCUGUGAUCGCACCUGUGUGGGUGGCUACGAGUGUGGGGGCAAAGACUAUGUAAGCGUGUACCGAGUCGGCGGCUUCAUCUCAGACCUGAGUCUGGUCGUAUCGAAGCAGAUAGUACAUGUUAGCGAGCGUGUCGAUUUCACCAUUACCAUCACCUCUGAACUGCAGGUCAAUUACAAGCUUAAUUACGGAGAUGGCGCUGGAUUCACCCCUGAAAAUCAUACAGACAUGUACUUUAAGUCAUUUCAGAAUCCGGGAGAAUAUGAUGUGGUUUUGGUGGCAUCAGAUGCUGGUGGUCCUGGACAGGAAUUGCAAGCCUCGACUGCUGUUCUGGUUCAUGAAGCAGUGGGAGCCGUGGAGAUCCAAUGCCCAGAAGCUGACGUCUCCUUCCACGAGUUUGAGUGCAAUGCAACAGUCCAAGCUGGCAAUUCCAUGAAGGCUACAGUGGACUUUGGAGAUGGCUUUGUGGAGACAUUCAGUAUUGCAGACGUUGGCAAGUUUUAUGCUGGUCCUGCAGUGCCUGACAAAACAGCUCCCUCAGCAGGAAUUUCAGGCACUCUGAUCAUGCCAGCUUCAGAGUUUCACGAAGAUGGUGUCUUAACUGCUUUUGAGUUUUAUGCUACUGGAAGUCCUGGAACUGCUAACUUCUUGGUCCUGAAACCCAAGUGCACUAACUGUUACUUAUACCAAGAGAACAGUUGUCAGGCAGGGACUUGUCCUGACCCUGCUGUGGUGGACUGUACCACAGGCAACUUCUGCCCCAGUUCUGGACUCUGCUCUCCAGCCUGUACCCCAGUCACGCGUUAUACAGAUUCAUCUCCUAAAGUUAAUGACUACAUUGUGGUUGCGUCAAUAAACCACAAUGCAGUAGUUGUUGGGUACAAUUUUUUCACUUUGACACCAGAUAAGCAGGUGGAGAUCAAGAAAGGAUAUAUACUAGGCUUUGGUGCAUCUGUGACAUUAGGGGCCAUUCCGGCUAAAACUGGCGAGGAAGAUUUCACGACAACAAACAGCAUAAAUGUAGAUGACAUUGUUUCGAGCUUUUCAUCAACGGCCUCAAAAAGACACCUGCUGAGGGCAGUCAUCAACAAACCAGUUAACAUUAAACUGAAACAUUCCUAUAACACCAAUGAUUUGUUCACUGUGCAGCUUAAGGUGGAGAACAACUAUAUCACCAGUAUCCCACAAAUAGCGAGUACCAACAUCUCCAUAGGCAAUGGUAUUGAUGACAUCAUCCUCAACACCUCGGCUUGCUUUGAAACAAGUCAAGAUGUACAAGUGGAGAUCAUGCCUCAUGGUGGGGAUGAUGUGACAUACACCUGGGACUGGGGGGAUGGGACUCUUGAUGACACGGGGCCAGAACUCAUCAAGACCCACAGAUACUCUGCUCCAAACCGCUACAAUGUCACUGUGACAGCCAAAAACCUGCUAUCUGAGCGGACAAACACGACAGAGGUGUGUGUGGAAGACACGCUCACCAACCUGCAGAUUUCCUCUGUCCCAUCAGCUACAGGUGUCCCAGCUAACAUCACCUUCACUGUAGCCUCUGGAUCAGACUUCACCUGUGUCUGGAGUACAGACGGGGAUACAUUCACAACAAACAGCAUUGACACUCCGUCUAACUCUAUCACCCAAUAUAUCUAUACCAGUCCUGGUGGCAAGACUAUAGAUGUGGAGUGUCACAACAUGGUGAGCAGCAUCACUCAGCAGAUAAGCCAUGUAGUUGAGGAUACUAUCACAGGCCUUACACUGCACACGUCAGGAGCUGUUAAGGAGGAAGAUUUCACCUUAGUGUGGACCAUCACUGCCGGGACCGACCCCAUGUUCAAUGUUACCAUUGGCAGUAGAAAUCCAACCAACACCUACGAUGCUGCUUCUAAAACUGGCACAUCUGCUACGAUCAACAUGGAUGACACUGGUCUGGUCUUAGUCACAAUUCAUGCGGAAAAUCAUGUCAGUGAAAUGACCAUUGAAAAAAACUUAACCGUCGAGGUACGAAUAACAGGGGUGGUUUUUGAAUGCAGCAAGACUCAAGUUGCCAUGACGCACACUGUUUCAUUCACUGUGACCAUGCAGGAUGGCUCUGGAGUACAUAUUCACAUGGAUUUUGAUGAUGCGGGUGCCACAGACGAUUACAGCUUACCCAGUGGUGAGACCUGGAUAGCAGGCAAUGUACAUCAGGUUGAUCACGCCUUCUCAACAGGUGGUAGAAAGAAUGUUACUGUCAUCGUAUCCAACAACAUUGAACCUCAAAUAGUCCAGAGCUGUCAGAUUGAUGUUAUCGCACCGGUUGGUAAUAUCAAUUUCAGGUCAAACUCCCCUGUAGUGUUCACACCCCCAGGCAAAGCAGAGAUAUGGUUUGAACUGAGCUCAGGGAGCCCGCCAACAUUGGCCACAGUGGAGAUCGAUUUUGGUGAUGGCAGCAAAGAAAUCUACGACUUUGAAAUAGGCAGAGUCUAUGAACAUGAAUAUGUGAACAAUAAGAGAUACAACCUGAUAGCAACUGUGACCAACUCCCUGGGGCCUAACUCAAACUUUGGUAGUAUUGAGGUAGUGGAGCCAGUUGUAGACUUGAUGGUAACGGCCAGUCCCAACCAUGCCUCCCUUGGGCAGCCAGUAGAACUGACAGCCACCAUGUACAGAGGUUGUGGGAGUGGAGUAUUACUGGAUUGGGAUUUUGGAGAUGGCGAAACUGAGCAAAUAGCAGAGUCAGGCACUUGUCCUUAUGGCUUGACCACAGUGACGCACACCUACACUGGCAUUCAGUCUUACACUGUCACAGUCCAAGCUGUAAACCUGCUGAGCACUACCUCAGCCAGCUAUACCAUCUGGAGCGAAGUACCAGUGAAAGGCUCUUUGUUUUCUACCACAGUUACUGGCAACAACAACUGGGCAGGAGUUGAUGUGGUGAAGACCUUUACCAUCAGCUUCACUGGUGCACCGAGUGAGUUACCUACCAGUGCGACUAUGAUAUUGGAUUUUGGAGAUAAUGUUGUCAUCAGUGAGCCCUUACCAUCAACAUUCCCUCAUAUGAUAGCACACACAUACACAGCCCCUGCUAACUACAUUGCCAAGCUGACCAUCCAGAACCUGGCUUCUUCCUAUGAAUAUGAUAUAGAGGCGGGUGUGUUUGAGACUAUUACUGGCCUGGCAGUGGACAUGAAGUACACUCCAGAUCUUCCCAUAAAUACAGCUCCGAUACCAGGCAAAGGCACAGACAACAACAUCUUCCCGCUGGAUAUACCUGUCACCUUUGAGGUCACCAUGACCCAAGGCACUGUUGUGAAGUACAUUUUCAGUGCUGAGAGUCCAUCUAGAACAAUAACAGAAGAGUUUACUUCAAGCCCCUUUGAUGUAACCUUUGACACAGUGGAGGACUAUGCUAUAACCAUUCGCGCCCAGAACCCACUGGAAGAUAUACCUGUGCCAAUUAGCAAACCUGUACUAAUGAGGGCUCGUAGCCUUGGGCUGGAUGUUACUGACAGGAGAAUCGUUACUGCCAGUGGUGGAAACAAGAGCUUUGACAUCACUUUAGACUCUGUCGGAACCGAGGCUUGCUUGGAAGUGGACUAUGGUGAUGGAGAACUGGGAGACACAUUUGGUGAUGAGGCUACAUGUAAUGUUCCCGGUAAGCGUUACGUCGGUCAAUUUUCCACCUUCACCAGAAUAUAUCACGUAUUCUUGGAAAUCGGAACUUUCACCAUGACAACAAAGGUGAGUAAUAUUGUGUCGGAUGUCAGCACAGACUUUACCUUCCCAGUUUCUUAUGUGGUGUGUAAGUCUCCAGCUAUCGAUAUUCGUGACCGUAGAGUUGCCUUCUAUGACCCUCUUAGUGUGAAGCGGAGCAUGAUAACACGAGUUAUCGGAACCACCGACCUGAACUGUACACAGACAUUUGAAAACACUAAGUCUUGGAAGGUGUGGGAAUUGAACAGGCAAACCGGCAGUGAGAUUAGAGCAGUAGAUGUAACGUCCCUGGAUUCCAGCGUGAAGGCUGAACUGGCCAUUCCUGCCAAAUACCUGGACUACGGGCUCUACAAAGUCACCUACAGAGUUGAGAUGGACAGCACCCAGUUCCCUGAUGUCACAUCAUUUUCAGGCGAAUCUUCCACGUACAUCGAUGUGACAAAAACUGAGCUGAUUGGAAGCAUGAUUGAAGGUGGAAUGUCUAUGAUACGAGUGAAACACGGGGAAAUGUUGACCCUUGACCCUGGAACAUAUUCCCGAGACCUGGAUGUGCCUGAGGGGGAAGCUCAGGUGUUUGACAGCUUCACCUGGUUCUGUAUGAAGAAGGGUGAUCGUGGUUUCCCUACCAACCCUGAUGGCUCUUACAACACAUCCUUCUCCUCCAUCCCUCUCACUGACCCUAAUGCUUACACAGAGGACCUAGGGGGCUGCUUCCGCCAGGGGCCAGGGCCUAUCGGGUUCUUCACUAAGACAAUCUCCAUCAACACUGUCAAUUUUGAUGUCAAUGCCACAUAUCUGUUCAUGGUGAUCGUCACGAAGGACACCCGCUCUACCCAGGCUGAGUUGUCGGUAGAGGUGACAGACAAGGACAUUCCAUCAGUCGUCAUAGAGUGUAAGACAAAAGACCUUUGCCAACAUGUGCAGGGAGGGCAGAAGGUGAACCCGUCUGCCCGUCUGGCCCUUAUGGGCAAGUGUAAGGAUGCCUGUACUGGGGAGGUCCGCUACCGCUGGGAAGGAUUCUCCUACGACUACAAGUGGCCAUUCAAACCAAUUCCCGACUUCCAGAAUUACACAUGGGGUGUUGGAUCUCCAGAAAUAGCGAUUGAGAAGAGACUGUUUGAGGACUACCCAGAUGUGCCUCAAUUUCGCAUUGACCUGACGGUGUGGGAAGUUGGCAGAGAUCCCGGGCUGUCACAAAUCAUUAUCCAUGUUAAUCAACCACCCCAUGGGGGCACCUGUAACCUCACAGGGAACUCUGGACAUGUACUCUCAGAUACUAAAACCACACUCAGCUGUAAAGACUGGAUAGAUGAUGAUGAAAUCACCGUAUAUCAGUUUUAUGUACUGUUCAAGGAUGAUGAUAUGGAGCGUCAUUUGGUGUUUGGAGAAGACUCAGAAGUACAAGUGGAGUUACCCCUGGGACCAGACUGGGAUGAGUUUUGGAUGGAUGUGUAUGUCCGCAUCUAUGACUCACAAAAUGCCUACCACACUGUCAAGAUUGAUACUGUACAGGUGAAGCCGGCCACUGCUGACCUGAAACAGUGGGUGAACAAUCUGCUGACCGGACAAAACGAUGAAAUCAGCCUGACCGUGGCAAAGGCCGACCUCCUGGAGAGCAGCUACACAUUCCAGAGUAUUGCUUCCACCCUCAACAGUGCCAGUAAGGGCUCGGUACAAGAAUAUCAGAACAUGUCUGUGUCCGCGGCAGAAACCCCCACUGGCUUUGGACCAGAUGGAGCCCCCAAGUUGCAUCAAGAUUCGGUGGACCCAAAAUUGGAGGAAACAGCCAAGCAGGAGAAGGAUGACAGAGCACAGUUACGGGAACAGAUGAUCUCUGGCAUAAAGAAGCUAACAACGUCAAAUGUGGCCAGUGUAGCCCUGAAGGCAAGCACCGUGACAGCCCUUUCGGCAUAUCCAGAUGAGCUCACUAGACAGGCACAGGAAGACAUGAUGUCUGUGCUAGUGGACUGCGCUGACACCUUGUUUCACCUGAAGAACAGUACAACCAAGGAGGAGCUGAUUGCUGCAGCCACCAACGUCAUGGCGGGGGCAGGGACAUUGCUGGUGGCUGCCAAGUACCAUUACAAGGACCCUCUGCUGUCUGAUCUGGAAGCUGCCAAGGAGCUUGAUGUCUAUGACACAAACAGAGAAAGUACAGAUGAAGCAAUUGAUUCCCUGGACCCCACUGAAGGGCGUGCUCAGCUGACCAUGAGCACUAACAAAAAUCUACAGAAACAAACAGCAGAUGAUGUCGUGUCCAGGAUUGUGGAAUCAGUCAAGAAAGUGUCUGAGGCAGUGCGAAGCUAUCUAGUUCCGGGUGAGGUGCCAGUGGAAAUUGUCACUGACCAGAUGGCGUUAACGCUUGUGAAAAACCAGGCUAGUCAGCUGGCCAAUCAGACAAUAAAUGACGGUCGCGGAUCUGUCACCCUCCCAGAUUGGUGCACGCUCCAGGCUGACCCAGACUGUUCCUCAGAUGAGAUCAUCAACCUGGAGAUAAUUAAGACACCCUCAGUGCCAUAUGGAUUAACAGACAAUGCUGUCAACCUGAGCUUUUCUAAUGCUAUAGAGAUCAACUUUGUGCGUGAGGAUGGCAGUCAUGUGGGUAUCUCUGACAGCGGGGAAGACAUAGAGAUUGUCAUACUCCGCGAUGCAGCCACUGUAACAGGGGAGGCUAUGGAAGCAAAGCCAUCGAUUGCGCCCAGAAAUAAUGAGUAUCUCUUUUACCACCGGUCAUCUCUAGAGGCUAAGGAUUCCUCCAUCCAUGUACAGUUCCGGCCCUACAACAACAGCAUCCAGUAUCUGGUCUUUCUGAGGUUUGACAACUUCCCAAACAUAACCCUGGGCAAGUGGGAUGCCAUGCAACUCAUUCCAAGUAGCAUGUCUCAAGCAGGGACAUUUGGAUCAGAUGAAUACCCAGAUCCUUACACUUUGUUUAUCUCCAAUGAUAAAGUGCCUGUUGGCUGGCUAGGGGAUUUCUAUGUAGGGGUGAGGCAGUUAGACCCUUCAGAGUACGACACAUACACCACAAGCAGCGUUAUCACAGAUAAAAUCUGGAAGGGUGGCUUGAACACCUUCACCAGUAACUAUUCCAUCAGGAUCUACACGUCAUCAUGUGUGUACUACGAUGAACAGAAACGAGACUGGAUGACAAAUGGCUGUAAGGUGGGUGAGCUGACCUCAUUCUCCCAAACCCAAUGCUUCUGUAACCAUCUGACAGUCUUCGCUGGAAGCCUAAUUGUCGCCCCUAACGUCAUUGACUGGAACUUUGUCUUUGCCAAUGCUGACUUCUUGAAGAAUCCCACGUUGUACAUCACAGAGAUUGUUAUUGGUGUUAUCUACAUUCUGGCGAUGAUAUGGGCCCGCAGACAGGACAAGAAAGAUGUGGAAGACGUUGGAAUUACGCCUUUACCAGACAACGAUGCACAGGACAAAUACUACUAUGAGAUUGUUGUUCAAACAGGCCUCCGUUCAAAUGCUGGAACUGAUUCCAAGGUUCAUUUCAUUCUAUCUGGUGAGUACGAAGAAACAGAUGUGCGGCCACUGAGUGACCCCAAACGCAAAAUCCUAAGACGAGGGGCAACUGAUGGCUUUCUCCUGGCUGUACCCAGACCUCUGGGUCCUCUGAACUUUGUUCGUAUCUGGCAUGACAACUCUGGGAAGGGGAAAUUUGGCUCUUGGUACCUAAAGUACUUCCUGGUCAGAGAUCUUCAGACAGGCGAAAAGUUUUACUUCAUCUGUAACAAGUGGUUUGCCGUUGAGGAGGGGGAUGGACAGGUUGACAGAGUGUGCCCGGUGGCAGGACCAGAGCAGAUGAUGCAGUUCAGCCACCAAUUCUCUCAGAAGACCCGGCGUAACCUGAGCGAUGGUCAUCUGUGGUUCUCGGUUGUGGCUCGUCCCCCGCGCAGCCGCUUUACACGUGUCCAGCGGGUGUCCUGCUGCCUCUCACUACUCUUCCUUACCAUGUUGGCAAAUGCACUGUGGUAUAACAGAGCACCCGCAGCCACUGGCAGUAACAGCUUCACCUUUGGGCCGUUUGCUUUGACACCUGCUGAGCUUUUCAUUGGAGUGGCCACAAACUUGAUUGUGUUCCCCAUAAGCUUUAUCAUCAUUCAGCUAUUCCGGAAAUCCCGCCCUAGAAAGAAGCGGCGAUCCCGUAUACAGGAGGCCAUACAGAAGAGCGGAGUCAAACUCUCUGACAUCAACCCCCAGAUGGGCAGUAAAUGGUCACUGCAACAACCACAGGAGGAGUUAAAUCUGCCCGACCGCAAUAAUCCAGAGUACCGGGAUGAUCCUACACCCCGCCCAGGGACUGCUGUCUCCACCAUUUCCAGGUCUGAGUCCCCGAUGUCGGGCCGAGUGACCAACACUUACUACAACAUGCAGAAGAAGAAGAGAGACAAGGCCAAGACGAAGCGUAUGCUCCCCUGGUGGUGUCAGAUCAUUGCCUGGAUCCUGCUCUGGAUAACAGUCAUAGUCUCUGUCUCAUUCGUUACCUUCUACGGAAUCAGCUUUGGUGACUAUAAGUGCAAACAGUGGAUCACAUCCAUGCUGAUUGCCUUCGUCAUGUCUAUCUUUGUUACCCAGCCCAUUAAGGUGUUCCUGACGGCCGUGGUGUUGUCGUUGAUUAUCCGUAACCCUGGUGAGGAUGAUGACGAAGGAGAUGAGGAUGAGGAAGACCCCUACCUGGCUCCAGACGAAGAGUACCUACACCGGAUGCCAGCUGAAGGUUACGGAAGACCAAAGAAGGUAGCUUACAAACCACCGGACCCUCACACGCUAGAGAAGGCUCGUCUGAUACGCCUGAAGGAGAUCGAGAUGUGGAAUGUGAUCCGUGAGAUCGUCUUCUACGCCUUCUUCCUGUGGGUGCUGAUGGUGAUCAGCUAUGGGAACCGUGACCCGCUGUCUUACCUGUACAAGUACAGUCUGGAGAGGAACUUCAUAGGAAACAACAUCACCUCCUCUGACUUCAGACAGGUGCAUAAUACCAAGAACUUCUGGAACUGGACAACAAACAGCCUUGUGCCGAGCAUACGAGCCAAUGUCUAUUACAACGAUGACCCACCUCUGUACCUUAGAGGUUAUAUUAACGACAAGGUAUCGCGAAUCAUGGGAUAUGCUACAAUGAGACAGCUAAGAAUUUCCCGAGGUACCUGUCGUAUGGAAAAAGUCUUUGAAGACCUAAUCGAGUCGUGUAACGGUGACUACCUGUUCUGGAAUGAAGAAAAGGGUUCGUAUGGUACAAGCUGGACAGAUCUCAAUGGAACAGAGCCUCCAAGCCAUUACGUGUACAGAGACGCUGACAGUUUAGAUGGUUACCCAUACUGGGGACGUCUGGCUAUUUACAAUGGCGGUGGGUAUGUUGUGGAGCUCCGAGAAUCUCUAAAUGACUUAUUGUUUAAGAUGAAGCAGCUGGAAAACGAAGGCUGGAUUGAUAAAUUCACUAGGGCAGUAUUCAUUGAAUUUACUGUGUACAACCCUGGUAUCAAUCUGUUUGCUGUUGCCACUUUGUUGGCAGAAUGGCACCCCAGUGCUGGAGUUGUUGCCUCGUACCGAUUUGAACCAGUCCGUCUUUUCUCAUACAUGCAGUCGGCGAUUCUGUUCCAGAUCGCAUGUGAAAUAGCCUUCCUUCUCUUUAUCAUCUUCUUCAUCUAUCGUGAAGUCAAGUGUAUAAUGAAAGAGAAAGGCAAAUACCUUCAAAAUUUCUGGAACAUUGUGGAAAUCAGCAUCAUUGGAUUCUCCAUUGGCUGUGUUGUCAUAUACUUUUAUCGGCUAAUUGUCACUAACCAACUGACAAGCAUCUUCAAGAACUCCCAGGGCAACGAGUACAUGAAGUUCCAAUAUAUUGGUUACUGGAAUGAGAUGCUCAGCUAUCUGAUAGGCUGGUUGGUUUUCUUGGCCACUCUCAAAUUUCUGAAACUACUGCGCUUUAACCGAAGAAUGUCCAUGCUGGCUGCUACUCUACGGAACGGAUGGAAGAGCAUGUUCCACUUUGGAAUCAUCUUCACAAUCGUGUUCCUGGCGUUUAUUCAGCUUUUCUACCUUGUCUAUCACACCAACAUCUACAUCUUCGCGAACUUCAUCAACUCGAUGGAGGCCGGAUUUUUGAUGAUGAUGGGGAAGUUUGACAUCUACUCCAUGAUGAUGAUGGAACCACUGAUAACGCCCAUCUUCUUUUUCCUCUUCGUCUUGACCAUCACGUUUAUUCUGGUCAACAUGUUCGUGUCGAUCUUGAACGAGUCGUUCAGCUCCGUCAAACACGACAUCACCAAACAGCCUAAUGAGUACGAGAUCGUUGACUUCAUGCUUGGACGCUUUAAGCAGUGGACAGGUCUUGGAGGGGCGGCCCCACCAACAAGCAAAUCCGAAGAUAUCCUGCUAAAUAACCUGAAGAAAGGAGAUAACGGGAAUGGCAAAGCUCCGGUGGAACACUUCCCAGACAAGGUGGAUGAGCUGCUCAACACGAUUUCCAAGGCUUACUUCGACCAGGACAACUUAGAGAACGUCCUUGGCCCUAAGACAGACGCCGACCGGCUCGCCAUGAAGAACCUUUUGAAGAAGCACUCCGAGCAGACAAGCAACAGACCUCUCAGCGCCACUCGCACUGAUAAGGUAGCCAGUUUUGAUUCCAGUACCGGGCAGUACAGGAGGUUCUAGGAAUAUACCGUUGUCUUACUGUUGAUGCCGUGACCCUUUUGCUAUCGGCGCACCACCUGCAUUGCCUUUUAUUUUUGGCAGCAACACAGCUUUGACUUGGUAGUUAUACACUCAACUGGUCCUGUCUGUAUAUCAUGAUACAUUUUUCACUUUCACCGAUUUUUCACGUUAGGUGGACGAGAACUUUGAGAGCUUGUAAUUUGCUAGUAAUACAAAUCUUAUAAAUGUAUGCAGCACCUUCUAUUUCUAUGCUGGAAAUAUCUUCAUUAGUUCAUGGGUGGGUAAUUUCCUGUGGUAGUAAUUUUUCUGUCAUUGAAGUCCCGUAAUACUGCUCUGCACUCUGUAUGGAUUCAGGCGCCCUGUGAUAUAUGUUUGACACAUGUUUUUUGGUGUGAACUCGAGCGCUCCUUGUGAAGCUGUUAGCCUUUUGAAAGGUCAACAUUGUCAGUCUUUCACAUAUUUAGCGCUGUGUAGAAAAUGUUUCUACGCCGUCUUCACUUUGCACUUCCGAAUGUCGCUGUUUGUAAGACCAACUCACCGAUUUUAGCAAGUCUUGUACAUGUAGCUAGUGAAAUUGUCUACGAUCGUCUUCUGUUAAAAUAGUUCUCCAACUGUGGCACAGUUUCUGCUGUUAGUUUACAGGGCAACCUUCAUUACAGUCUGCCAAUCUCUCUAAUUUAUUGGUUUGUUAUGGAUUUUCACGAGCACUGACAUGCCGCCGAAACUGAAUGUAAAGAUGUGUUUGUACUGACACAGAAACAUUCCGAAGGUUUCUGGUGUUUUGUGCUUAGAUUUGAUUUACAGUGUUACUGCUGGCUUUGAUAUGUCACAGGCAUAUUCAGAUGUUACUGCUGACAACUCAUCGAUUCCGUCCAAAAGUCGAUUCAGAAGAUUUAUGAGUUUAUGAGAUCCUCCUGAAUUUGGCACCGAUUUCAUUGUAACUGCACCGAGUGUGUAUUAAAUAGCUUGCA